AUGGCCCUGGAGCAGGCGCUGCAGGCGGCGCGGCAGGGCGACCUGGACGUGCUGAAGUCGCUGCACGCUGCCGGCCAGCUGGGGCCCUGGAUGCGGGACCCCCUGGACGCGCUGCCGGUGCACCACGCGGCCCGCUCCGGCAAGCUGCACUGUCUGCGUUUCCUGGUGGAGGAGGCCGGCCUGCGGGGCACGGCGCGUGCACGGAACGGCGCCACCCCAGCCCACGAUGCCGCUGCCACCGGCCACCUCGCCUGCCUGCAGUGGCUGUUCUCGCAGGGCGGCUGCAGAGUGCAGGACAAAGACAAUUCUGGUGCCACAGUCCUGCACCUGGCCGCCCGCUUCGGCCACCCUGAGGUGGUGGACUGGCUGCUGCGUCACGGUGGUGGGGAUCCCACCAUAGCCACAGACACGGGCGCCCUGCCCGUCCACUAUGCUGCCGCCAAAGGAGACUUCCCCUCCCUGAGGCUUCUCAUCGGGCACCACCCUGAGGGAGUGAAGGCCCAAACCAACAACGGUGCCACGCCCCUGUACCUGGCGUGCCAGGAGGGCCACCUGGAGGUGAUGCAGUACCUGGUGCAGGAGUGCGGCGCGGACCCGCACACGAGCGCCCACGACGGCAUGACCCCGCUGCACGCUGCGGCACAGAUGGGCCACAGCCCGAUCAUCGUGUGGCUGGUGAGCUUCACCGACGUGAGCCUGUCGGAGAAGGACAAGGACGGCGCCACGGCCAUGCACUUUGCCGCGAGCCGCGGCCACGCCAAAGUGCUCAGCUGGCUCCUGCUGCACGGCGGCGAGAUCUCGGCCGACCUGUGGGGCGGGACCCCGCUGCACGACGCCGCGGAGAACGGCGAGCUGGAGUGCUGCCAGAUCCUGGUAGUGAACGGCGCGGAGCUGGACGUCCGCGACCGCGAUGGAUACACGCCCGCGGACCUCUCAGACUACAAUGGCCACAGCCACUGCACCCGCUACCUGCGCACAGUGGAGAACCUGAGCUUGGAGCACCGCGUGCUGUCCCGGGAUCCAUCUGCCGAGCUGGAGACCAAGCAGCCUGACUCGGGCAUGUCCUCGCCCAACACCACCAUGUCAGUCCAGCCACUGAACUUCGACCUCAGCUCGCCCACCAGCACCCUCUCCAACUACGACUCCUGCUCCUCCAACCAGUCCAGUGUCAAGGGCCAGCGUCCCCCACGCGGGCCUCCCAGAACCAGAGCUGCAGACAUACAGAGCUACAUGGACAUGCUGAGCCCGGAGGUGAACCGGGCCCGGGACAAGAUGGAGAAAAACACACCACCACCGCCACCACCCAGCUUCCCUCCACCACCCCCACCUCCAGACACCCAGCUGCCCCCUCCCCCACCGGGCUACCCAGCUCCCAAGCCCCCCGCAGGGCUGCAAGCAGCUGACAUCUACAUGCAGACCAAGAGCAAACUCCGCCAUGUGGAGACCCUGGCCCGCAGGAAGGAGCUGAGCUCCCGCGACGGCCUCAGCGGGCUGCGGAGGCAGGACUCCGGCCGCAAGCCCCGCGCCUUCAGCAAGCAGCCCAGCACGGGGGACUACUACCGCCAGCUGGGCCGCUGUCCCCGGGAGCCGCUGGCCGCACCCCCGGGCAUGGCGCACAGCGAGGAGGUGCGUGCCCGCCAGCCCGGACCCGCCGGCCGCCUUGGACCCGGCCGGGCGGCCCGCUUCUCACUCGCUGGCCCCUCCGCUCCCCCGCAGGCGGCGCUGCUCCCCGGGAAUCACGUGCAAAACGGCUGCGCAGCGGACCCCAAGGCGUCCAGGGAGCUGCCGCCACCGCCACCGCCUCCGCCGCCCCUGCCCGAGGGCCUGAGUUCGCCGCCGCCCGCUCCGCCUCUGCCCUUGGAGGGCGCCGGCCCUGGCUGCGGGCAGCGUCGGUCCUCCUCUUCCACCGGCAGCACCAAGUCUUUCAACAUGAUGGCCCCCACCGGUGACAACUCGGAGCUGCUGGCUGAGAUCAAGGCUGGCAAGAGUCUGAAGCCCACGCCUCAGAGCAAGGGUCUGACCACGGUGUUCUCCGGCAGCGGGCAGCCGGCCUCCCAGCCGGACUCGCCGCUGCCGCCAGCGUCGCCGGCACCUUCCCGGGCCCGGAGCCCCACCCCGCCGGCGGCAGGACCCCAGCCACUGCUCAAUGGCAGCUUGGCGCCGGCGCCGCCCGCCACCCCCGCGCCGGGCGUGCAGCUGGACGUGGAAGCGCUCAUCCCCACGCACGACGAGCAGGGCCGGCCCAUCCCGGAGUGGAAGCGCCAGGUGAUGGUCCGCAAGAUGCAGCUGAAGAUGCAGGAGGAGGAGGAGCAGAGGCGGAAGGAGGAGGAGGAGGAGGCCCGGCUGGCCAGCAUGCCCGCCUGGAGGCGGGACAUCUUUCGGAAGAAGCUAGAAGAGGAGAGGGAGCAGAAGCGAAAAGAGGAGGAGCGACAGAAGCAGGAGGAGAUGCAGCGGGAAAAAGAACAGUCAGAGAAGCUUCGGACACUGGGCUACGAUGAGACCAAACUGGCGCCCUGGCAGCGACAGAUCAUCCUGAAGAAGGGGGACAUCGCUAAGUACUAGAUGCUGCUUCCUGCCGGCAUCCUAGCCAGCUGGGGCUGGGGGGGCUGGGGGAGGAGGCAGCCCCUGCCCCAGCCUGCCAGGCCUGGAUGGAAGGGCUGGGGAGCCAUGCCACCCCCUCAGCGAUGCAACCCCCUCCCUGACCCCCCACCCGGGCCCUCGCACCCGCAUCCCCAGCCCGGGACAAUGCUGGAGUGCCCCACCGCUGCAGUCGCCCAGAAAAAGUGCCCAAGUCAUUGACGCAAACGCUGCUGAUUUGCAUGCCUAUUUACAUACAUUUGCAUGUUCGUUGAAUGUCAGCGUGUGCAGAGCUCUUCCCAGCCCCGUGGGUGGUGACUUUGUUUUCCUGCUGGAGGGGUACUGGCUGCAUCCCCUCCCCCGCA